GUUAUCAGGCCACUGAGUAAUCUGGGUUUGGCGAAAUCCUUUCCUUCUUGCUUCUUUCCGGCUGAGGAUGAGGAAGAGACUGAAGAAGAAUAUGAAGAGGAUCUGAGAGAGGACAGUUUGGAGGAGGAAGAGGAUGCAGUAGCUAGUGUGUCUCAAGAGGAAGAGCCAUGGAGUUUUGAUUCAUCCCCAAUAACGGUGAGAUGACCAAUCAGCUCCUGCAUUUUGCUGAACUCAUCAGCAGCGAUGUCCAGCGAUACUUUGGACAAAGCCAAGACCCUGAUGCCUGUUACAUUUAUGUAGAGAAACCAUGUCUGAAAGUCGGGGGCCGCCAGCGAUACUAUGACAACUUCAUCAAAGUAGCAUCAUCAGGACAGGCGGAGGAGCCUGAGUCACUCGGGCCCCUUUCAGAGCUCUUUCAAGAUGCUCAAAGGAAAGGCCGGGGUUUACCCAUGAGCCAGCGUCGCCUGCCAGUCAGCUUCUGGACAGAGCCUUUCGCACAGCAACUUGACAUGUUAGGUGAUACAAGCAUGCAAAAUAACUUGCUCAGUAUGAUCAACACAUCAGAGAGCUCCAUUAACAUCAACACAUCACUGAGCAUAUUCAGUAACACAAGCGUUUGCACCAUAACCAGCUCCAGUAUCUCAGGGACUCUCAGUAGCUCAAGCACCCCAGACUUCAGUGAUUUACUUGCUCACUGGGCCAUGGACAGAGAGAAUCCCAAUGAAUUUAACUGUGACUAUCCACUGUCAUAA